AUGCCCCAAGAACUGGCAUUGUCCAGCGUAGCAGUUUCAGCUACGGAAACGCGAGCCCUUGAGUUCUUUUUCCGCACUACCUCGUCGUGCCUGGCUGGGUUCCUCGAUGUUGCAUUCUGGAAGCGAAGUGUUCUCCAGCUUAGUCUCUCGGAACCAUCAAUACGACUGGCCUUGGCUGCCUUGGGAUCGAUGCAUGAAGCAGAAGCUAUCGCUACCCCAGAAGAAGCACAGAUAGCGAAACAAACCGCUGUCCAAAUGUAUGGGCGGGCACUUCGUUCCACACUCGACAAGGCAUCGACCGACAACCUUGCUACGUCGGUCAUUGUGAUGGCUAGCAUCCUGUUUACAUGCUUCGAAUUUCUCCAUCGGGACUCUGCUGCCGCCGCAAAGCAUAUUGGAAGUGGAAUCAAUAUUAUACGAGCGUGGCGCGAUAGUGAUCGAUCCAGGAACCAACUUUGGGGCCGGAACUACCAAUCCUAUGAAGCCUACUUCAUCGAGACGGAGCUAGCACCGAUUCUGACCCUGUUCAAUCUCAAUGCCCUGGAGUUUGGCUCAUUUCCCCGAAACCGAAUAAUUCUAAGCGCAAUUGACAGUCGUGGUCCGUACCUCGCAGGGCAAUUCGAGACGUUACAGGAAGCAAGAGUUGCUUUUGUUGACUUGGUUACUGCGUCUACAGAGCUUUUCCAGCACCUGGAUGCUGGUGUUGACUCUGGAAAUGUUCCACUUAUUGACACCAUGGCUGCAUCUGAGGGGCUUCGUGAGGGCUUCAGCCAUUGGAAAACUAACUUCGAUGAUCUAGUUGCGCGUCGCGAGUCGACUUGGAGCAAAGAGGAGCGCAACGCAGCAGCUGUCAUUCAAAUCUCGCGGUUCGGGGCUGAGCUCGGGCUUGCCGCGUACGGCAUCUCGAGCGAAUGUGAUUGGGACAACCAUGUAGAAGACUACGAAGAUAUCUGCCAGAUUGCUGAGAUAUUACUUUCCGAUUCCACUCAUUACCCAGACGAGCUCUCCAAGUCUCUCAGCCUAGACCUGCCCCUGAUUUACCCCCUGCAUGCCGUCGCCUGGAAGUGUCGCCAUCCGCGGCUGCGUCGAAAAGGACUGGAAUUACUCCUCCGAGCCCCAAAGCGAGAAUGGUUACUGGAUUCUCGGCAGUAUCAUACCAUCUUUUCGCACAUAAUGGCCUUGGAAGAGGCAGCCAUCGGAAGACCCGAGGGCGAUAUACUGGAAGAGGGCCUCGUUCCCCCGGAACAUGCGCGGAUUCAUGAUUUCGACUGUGUCCCCCAGCUAGGGGCUAGUAGAGAUUUUUCUCGCCAUGCUGUUACUUUUCGGACAAGGCCGGGCGGCCCUAACGCGCCAUGGCAGUGUGUUACUCAUUACAUUCAUCUUUCAUCGCCGGUCAGUAGCGGUAUGCCGCCUUUGAACCUGUUUUCUUGCCGGAGAUGGGCAUGGCCGGAAAUGACCGAUCCUCAAACUGCGCGGAUGCUAAAAAGCGCCGUAUUUGGGGAGCUCCUAAAACAAGAGGACUUCCAGCAUGAUCUUUGA